UGGAAGCUAAGGAAGCAAAGCAAAACGCAUGGCUGAAAAUAGCGGCACCGCUACACCAUAAUAUCUGUCAACUUUUCUUUUAUAUAUUAGCAACAAACACAACUGGUUUUUGGCUUGAGAUGCGUGAAGCGAAGAAAGAACAAAGGGGACUGAUUUGCAGUUUCCUGUAACUUUUUUUUUUUUUUUUGGCUUGUUAAAAAGAGUGAAAGUAGUAGGUUAGGGGGGAGUUUAAGGUUUGUCUUGUCUUGUUCUGUUUUUCUUUUUAGAUGGGAAAGGUGACAUUUUGAAGACAUGGAUACCAGAAAUAAUGCUUUUGUAGGUACAGAGAAAGGGUUGGGAAGAACAGAUGAGGGAUGUGAUGUUGGGUUAGGUUUGAUGAUGAUGCAACAAGUUGAGGAGUCUUGUCCAAAUAAGAGUUUCAUGGCAAUGCUUCCUCCUCACAAUCAUAAUCACCUUUCAUCAUCAUCAUCUUCUUCUUGUUAUGUUGAAGGGUUUGAUGGAGGAGCUAGUGGUGGUGGGCCCCUUGUUUGUAACACAAGCAAUCAGGAACCAUGCAGGGGCGAUAUAUACGAUGUUGUCGGUGCUGCUUCUGCUUCUGUUUCUUCUGCUGCUGCUGCAGUUGUGUUAAAGUCUCUGCACCAUCACUCUUUUUCCGCUGACCCUCCUUUUCCCCACCAUUCCUCUGUAGGAGAAAUGGCAGCAGCGCCUGUGAAUGCUAGAGUUCCUUUCACAGCAGCUCAGUGGCAAGAGCUGGAAAGACAGACCAUGAUUUACAAGUACAUGAUGGCUUCUGUCCCUGUCCCUGCUGAACUCCUUAUCCCCCUCACCAAAAACCCUUCAAAUGCGAUAAAGGGUUCUUUGGAAUUGGGGUUUUCGAGCAAUAGCUCGGAUCCGGAGCCAUGGAGGUGCAGAAGAACAGAUGGGAAGAAAUGGAGGUGCUCGAGAGACGUGGCGCCUGACCAAAAAUACUGUGAGCGUCACUCUCAUAAGUGCCGUCCCCGUUCAAGAAAGCCUGUGGAAUUGCCAAACCACUCCAAUAUCAACAUCAACAACAAUGAUCACAAAUCACAAACACUUCACAACAUGGCAUCUGAUGGCACCACCAACCAACCUCAUCAAAACCCACAUUUUACAAACCACCACGACCCUCAUUUCUUCACAUCUUCAUUUGAUCAAUCCAGGUGCUUGGAAUGGUUCAUGAAAGGGGAAACCACCGUUCCUUUUGCUUCUAACCCCGAGUGGCAGCGGACAAAUUAUGGGGUCAGUUUACAAGCUCAGCAUCAUCUAAACGAGCAAUUCACCCCCAGUUUAGCCUCUUUGGAAGGCUCCUUGAACCUAAACCAAACACAUUCACAAGAAACAAGAGCCUUCAUCGAUGCAUGGUCAAUAGCAGAAAGAGAAGUGGUUGAAUUGGAAGGAAUUGGGAGCUGCAAACGCCCUGUUUCUUCAAACGAGAAGCUACCACUGUCAUCACUUACAUUAUCAAUGUCGGGUGGUGGGAACGAAAACACUCAAGAAGAAGACGACGAGAACAGUCAUCACGAGAUGCGUGGUACCUUGUCAUGGAUGGGUUCAUCGCCUGGUGGACCACUGGCUGAAGCAUUGUGCCUUGGCAUCGCAACUAGUCAAACCACAAGUACAAGUAGCUGUAGCAAGAGCACAUGAGACAUGGUGGACGGCGGCUGGUUGGUAGCUAAAAUUUUCUUCAACCUUGUGGAUAAAAAAAAAAAAAAAACCUUUAUUGCUAUAUUGGACGAAAGGGUUUUCUUUCUUUGAAUGUUAGUGUUAAAAUGAUGGGGUUUUCAUUUGGGUUUUUGGAGAUAAGCCCAAAGGCCUAAGCUUUCUGGAAUGGGUGAAUACCCUUUGUUUCUUUUUCUUUUUGGUAUCACAUUUAGUAAGUAGAGUACUAUUUCCAUUAAUUAUCAUCCAUAAAUGUUUUUCCUAUGUCAUGGGUGUCAGAAUGAAAAUUUGCUUCAUGUUAA